AAGCUUUUGGCCUUGUAAGUAACGCUAGGCCGAGAAAUGGCUGCGAGAGAUGCGUGCUGCAAAAUCAGUUUCACUCUCUCCGCAGCAGCACUUGGAGGCGAAAACUGCUAGUCGCUGCACGCCGCGAUGCCGCCGAACAAAGAGGAUAUCGACUUGUACGAUGAUCGGAUGGAGUCCUUCGCGGACGACAUGCCGCCCAAGAAAAUCUCACCCCUGUUCAGCAUGGACGAGAGCGAGGUGGACUACAACCAGCCGAUCAAAUGGUUCAACGUGUUCGCCCUGUCCUCGGUGCACAUCCUCUCCAUUGGCGGCUUCAUCAUAGGAAUCACUCAAGUCAAGCUCAUGACUAUUUUCUUCUUUUUCGUUUACGGCCUAAUCUGCGCGUUUGGAGUCACGUCUGGCGUUCACCGGCUCUGGACGCACCGCUCAUACUCGGCGAACGUGCCACUCAGGGUCAUCCUGAUGCUUUGUUAUGCGUGUGCUGGACAGAACAAGAUUUACACGUGGGUGCGCGACCACCGCGUGCACCACAAAUUUAGUGAGACGCCUGCCGACCCACAUAACUCGAAGCGUGGCUUUUUCUUCUCGCACAUCGGCUGGCUGAUGAAGAAAAAGCAUCCCCUGUGCAUCCAGCAAGGACGCAAAAUUGACUUGUCGGAUAUUAAGAACGACGAAAUCGUGCAGUUCUUUGACGACAAUUUCAUUAUGAUGAAGACUAUGUUCUGCUUCGUGAUUCCCACCUACAUCGCCCGCAACUACAUUGGAGAGCCACUGUGGAUCGCCUUCCUGGCCAAUCUUUUCCGCUACAUGAUCGUCCUGAACGGCACCUGGGCUGUCAACAGUUUCGCCCACACCUUUGGACACCACAGCUAUGACAAGAACAUCGCACCGACCGAAUCGAAUCUGGCGUGCAAUUUGUCUUUCGGCGAGGGCUGGCACAACUACCACCACACCUUCCCCUACGACUACCGUCAAUCCGAGUUUGGAAUUCACAAGUACAACAUGCCCACUAUGUUCAUCGACUUCUUCGCGUGGCUCGGAUGGGCCAGCAACAGGAAGGCCGUGCCUGUGGAGGUUGCCCAGCGGCAAGCGAAAAAAAGGGGCGACGGCACUCGUUUUGAGCAAGAAAAUAAGGCUGGGAUAUCUAACUAAGAUUCAUCUUUUUGCACUAUUUAAAUUCAAGCCACAUAUUUAUCUGCAAAAUUUCAUCUACUGACAUCACCGUGAAAUUUACAUAUGAAAUUAGUUGACAUAUAAAUAAAAGCAGGUGGUUUUAAGUUGAUAUGUAAUUAAUAUUCUAAAUGUGGGGAUGUAUGGGGUAUCGUUGCUCUGCUGAUCCGCAAUAAAAUUACUUUUAAUCUAUAUAUGACGAGGACGCUUGCCACUUCUUAUUUACGACUGAGAAUGUAAAAAACGGAAAAGUAUAUUAAAAUAUUUUUUAUUUACUGUAAAUAUAUAAAUUUUAAACUGUGAUUUAUAUGACGAGGAAUGAUAAAAAAUAAAUACCUUCGCAUAAUACUCAAAAUAACUCUGAUUUGUAUUUUCUACCCAUUUCAGAGAACGAGGUAAAAUUUAUUCUGAUACGCAAUGAAUUAUUGUAGAUAGACCCGAAUAAAUAAUUGUAAAGCAGCAGCAAAGUAA